UUCCCACAAUCCACUGCGUGCCCUCCACUUCCGGCUCUCGUACUCUUUGCGUGUCAAAUCAAGAUGGCUCUUCACCGGCUGUUCCAGCUGUCCUCCCUGCUGCGCUCCGCCGUGAGCGUGACCCUGCGCAGGAACCUGGGCCUCUCCGCUGUCCUCCUCAACCGGACCAAGGAGCUCGACCCCAUCCAGAAGCUGUUCCUGGACAAGAUCCGCGACUACAACACCAAGAGCAAGGGCUCCGGAGGCAUUGUGGAGGCGGGGCCCGCUUAUCAGAAGAAUCUGUCUGAAGAGGUCCUCAAACUGCAGAGACUAUACGGCGGCGGAGACCUCAUCAAGUUCCCCGAGGUCAAAUUCACAGAGCCCAAGCUUGAAGAAGUGACCAAGUAAACACUGUCAAAGUUGUAAAUCCCCUACUCGUCAUCAAUAUGUUGUAUUUAAUAAAAAUGGUAAUGGAAUGAA